CUUUGUCUGAUUUUGUUUGAUAUUUUCUUUGUCUGAUUAUGUUUUUGUGAGAUGUGAAAGAGUUUGUAACUGCUAAUUUCGAUGUCAAAACUAGGAAAAAGGGGUAGAUUCAAUAUACGACGGAUAUUAUUAAUUCAUGGAGUUUACUGAAAAAGGUGGAUUUUUUUAUUUUUUUUGGGGGUGCAUAUGCAAUUUCAAAGCUCACUUUAUGAGAGAGGAGACGAGGAGACUUAGAUCUUUGUCAUAACAAGAAAAUUUGCAUUACUUUUGCUUGUUUUAUGUGCAUCGUGAUGUUUCUCUAAUUGAGUUGGGCACAUUGCGUUUUCCUAUUCUUAUAAAAGCAUAGAAAAUUGACAUUACUAGUUAGUAACAAAAGAUAAAACAGCUAUGAGGUUCUUCUUUUAUUGAGAGGUGGAAAAAGACUGGAAUCGUCACAAAUUUAGAAAAAUGUCAUAAAAAGAGUGGACGAAAUUGAACAGAGCGACGAGUUCUGGAGUCUUUGAGUGAUUCAGGAUAUGGAGGAAGAAAGACUGGAUAGCUCGAAGAGGCUAUUUAGAGGUAUCGUAGCAGAUCUUAGAGGAAGAGCCUUGUGUUACAAGGAAGACUGGGUCGCUGGUCUCCGUUCUGGUUUCGGGAUUUUAGCUCCCACAACAUAUAUUUUUUUCGCUUCUGCGCUUCCGGUUAUCGCCUUUGGCGAGCAACUCAGCCGCGACACAGAGGGAGCGUUGAGCACAGUAGAAACGUUAGCAUCAACAGCGUUAUGUGGAGUGAUACACUCAAUUUUGGGAGGACAACCGUUGUUGAUACUUGGAGUUGCAGAACCAACUGUGUUAAUGUACGUUUACUUGUACAACUUCGCUAUAGGAAGACCAGAAUUGGGCAAACAACUCUACUUAGCUUGGGCUGCUUGGGUUUGUGUGUGGACGGCUCUGUUACUGUUCCUUAUGGCGAUCCUUAAUGCGGCUGAUAUCAUUAACCGGUUUACGAGGGUUGCUGGUGAGCUGUUCGGUAUGUUGAUAUCCGUUCUGUUCAUCCAACAAGCCAUUAAGGGUAUGGUGAGUGAAUUUGGGAUGCCAAAAGAUGAGGACUCAAAACUAGAAAAGUAUAGGUUUGAGUGGCUCUAUACAAACGGACUUCUCGGCCUCAUUUUCACCUUUGGCCUUCUCUACACCGCUUUGAAGAGUCGAAAAGCAAGGUCUUGGCGAUACGGAACAGGAUGGUACAGAAGCUUCAUUGCAGACUAUGGAGUUCCUUUGAUGGUUGUGGUUUGGACAGCAUUGUCUUUUAGUACGCCAUCAAAACUCCCCUCUGGUGUCCCAAGAAGACUCUUUAGUCCUCUGCCAUGGGACUCUGCUUCUUUAUCACAUUGGACUGUCAUCAAGGACAUGGGGGAAGUCUCUCCGGGUUACAUAUUCGCGGCAUUUAUACCCGCAUUGAUGAUAGCAGGGCUCUACUUCUUUGACCACAGCGUUGCCUCGCAGCUCGCUCAACAGAAGGAGUUCAACCUCAAGAAGCCUUCGGCGUAUCACUAUGACAUUCUCCUGUUGGGUUUCAUGACGUUGAUCUGUGGAUUGCUCGGUCUGCCUCCUUCCAACGGAGUCCUUCCUCAGUCUCCUAUGCAUACCAAAAGCCUUGCUGUUCUUAAACGACAGUUGAUCCGGAGGAAGAUGGUAAAGUCGGCCAAAGAAAGCAUCAGGAAGAGAGAAACUUCCUCACAAGUGUACGAGAAUAUGCAAGAAGUCUUCAUAGAAAUGGACAAAAGUCAUCUUGCUCAGACAGAUCUAGCAGUGAUAAUUGAGCUGCAAGAUCUGAAAGAAGCAGUAAUGAAGAGCAAUGAGGAAGAAGGAGAGGGAGACAAGGAGAGUGGUUUUGAUCCAGAGAAGCACCUUGACGCUUAUUUGCCUGUUAGAGUCAACGAGCAGAGAGUGAGCAACUUGUUGCAGUCACUGCUGGUGGCAGGUGCAGUGUUGGCAAUGCCGGCCAUUAAGCUCAUACCUACUUCCAUUCUAUGGGGAUACUUCGCUUACAUGGCCAUCGAUAGCCUCCCGGGAAAUCAAUUCUUCGAACGCACAAUGCUUCUCUUCGUUCCAACAAGCCGGAGAUUCAAGGUCUUGGAGGGAGCACACGCGUCGUUCGUGGAGAAAGUUCCGUACAAGUCAAUGGCUGCGUUCACACUGUUGCAGAUAUUCUACUUUGGGCUGUGCUAUGGAGUGACGUGGAUUCCGGUGGCUGGAAUCAUGUUUCCUGUUCCUUUCUUCCUCUUAAUAGCUAUCAGACAGUACAUUCUCCCGAAGCUCUUUAACCAGGCCCAUCUGCGAGAACUUGAUGCCGCUGAGUACGAAGAAAUCCCCGGCACUCCUAGAAACCCGCUCGAACUGUCUUUCCGGUCGAAUGACUCGAAGAGAGGUGUCCAAGAAGGGGAUGCUGAGAUUUUAGACGAGUUAACGACAAGCAGAGGCGAGCUUAAAGUCCGCACAGUCAGUCUUAACGAAGACAGAGGCAACCAGAUUUACCCCAAGAAGACAGUAAAUGCAGGAGACGGGGACAUGAGCACGACAAGAGAGUGAGUGAUCUAUAUACAAAAAAGAAUCAAAGAUUAUUCUUUCAAGUGAUGAUCAUGAUCAUGAUCAUAUACAAAACUAUAUAGUAUUGUAGAACACAGAUUAUAUGUGGCUGUUUUUUUUUUGUUCUUAAACCCAAGAUAGUGUGUGUUUUUGUCAAUAUAGUCUUCUUAGCAAUGAAAAAUCUAUAAAGCAUUAAUAGGGCGAGAAUGUACGAAUGUGUAACCUUCCGAGAAGGCGAGAAAAUAUACUAAAUUUCACUGAAGUCUAUUCGAGCUUCUUCAAUGUGUUAUCAAUCA